AUGCUCAGUUACGUGCAACGUGCUCUGCCGCACUUGACCAUUCUGCACCUUGCUUGCCAUGCCGCGCAGCACAAGAGAAAUCCUAUUGAAAGCGGUUUCUAUCUCCCUGACGAGACCGUGCAUCUAGCUGCGGCGAUGUUGUUCACCGGCUUUCGCAGCGUCGUCGGCACCAUGUGGCAAAUGCUCGACGCCCACGGCCCGGAAGAAUCGAAGCAGGUCUACGGACCAUUGUUCGGGAUCCGAUAG